AGUUUAAGUUUAUGUUUUAAAUUAUUAAUAUUUUAUAAAUAAUUAUUAAAUAUGAAAUUCUUAAUAGCAUUGAUGUGUGGAUUAGUUUGUAUUGUGAGCGCAGACUAUAGUAAAGAGGACUACAAAGCGGUCGCAACGUCCCGGGACUUUACGGGUUCUGUGGUUGUAGUGACCGGUUCCUCGUCGGGCAUCGGAGAGGGAAUCGUUAAACUGUUCUCAAUAUUAGGGGCUAAUGUUGUGGUCACCGGAAGGAAAGCACAGGACGUUCAACGAGUGGCCAAAGAGGUACAGGAGUUGUCACCACUAAAACUGAAGCCAUUAGAAGUUGUGGGAGAUUUGACCAAAACCUCUGAUAUAAACAAUUUAAUCGAUUCUACGGUCAAAACGUUUGGUAAAAUUGAUGUAUUAGUCAAUAACGCCGGUAUAUAUCCAGAAACAAACAUCACUCAAUCAGAUCUAUUAUCAGUUUGGGAUCAAGUAUUUGCUGUUGAUUUACGCGCUGUCGUAGAACUCAUCCACCGAUCGGUUCCACAUCUGGAGAAAACCAACGGAACUAUUAUUGAUAUCUCAAGUGUCUUAUCUCUUGCACCGGUAUGUAUUACAACUAGACCAGGAGAGGGAAUCGUUAAACUGUUCUCAAUAUUAGGGGCUAAUGUUGUGGUCACCGGAAGGAAAGCACAGGACGUUCAACGAGUUUCCAAAGAGGUCCAGGAGUUGUCACCACUAAAACUGAAGCCAUUAGAAGUUGUGGGAGAUUUGACCAAAACCUCUGAUAUAAACAAUUUAAUUGAUUCUACGGUCAAAACGUUUGGUAAAAUCGAUGUAUUGGUCAAUAACGCCGGUAUAUAUCCAGAAACAAAUAUCACACAACCGGAUCUGUUAUCAGUUUGGGAUCAGGUAUUUGCCGUCGAUUUACGCGCUGUCGUAGAACUCAUCCACCGAUCGGUUCCACAUCUGGAGAAAACCAACGGAACUAUUAUUGAUAUCUCAAGUGUCUUAUCUCUUGCACCGACAAAAACUAUGUUAGCUUAUGCACCGGCUAAAGCAGGUCUGGAUAUGUUGACCAAAAUAUUAGCCCUGGAAUUGGGGCCCAAAGGUAUUCGUGUUAAUACUGUUAAUCCGGGUACUAUACAGAACAGAGACAUUCUGACACCCAUUGAAAAGCUAUCGGCCAAAUACACGCCAUUGGGAAGAGUGGGUCAACCCCUAGACAUCGCCCGUGCGGUCGCAUUCCUGGCCUCCACUGACGCACACUUUAUUACCGGCGCUAAUGUUGUGGUCGACGGCGGCUUUUUAAGUGCAUUGAUGUGUGGAUUGGUUUGUAUUGUGAGCGCAGACUAUCCUAUAGAGGACUACAAAGCGGUCGCAAAGUCCCGGGACUUUACAGGUUCUGUGGUUGUAGUGACCGGUUCCUCGUCGGGCAUCGGAGAGGGAAUCGUUAAACUGUUCUCAAUAUUAGGGGCUAAUGUUGUGGUCACCGGAAGGACAGCACAGGACGUUCAACGAGUGGCCAAAGAGGUCCAGGAAUUGUCACCACUAAAACUGAAGCCAUUAGAAGUUGUGGGAGAUUUGACCAAAACCUCUGAUGUAAACAAUUUAAUCGAUUCUACGGUCAAAACGUUUAGCAAAAUCGAUGUAUUGGUCAAUAACGCCGGUAUAUAUCCGCAGACAAACAUCACUCAAACGGAUCUGUUGUCAGUUUGGGAUCAGAUAUUUGCCGUCGAUUUACGCGCUGUCGUAGAACUCAUCCACCGAUCGGUUCCACAUCUGGAGAAAACCAACGGAACUAUAAUUGAUAUCUCAAGUGUGGCCUCACUCGCA